AUGGGCCAGCAGCCCUCGAAAGCAAGCGACGGCACAAGAACGCCUAAGAAUGCUUCUUCAACAUCUCUAGACAAAUCCAGCGAAGGCCUUCAAGCUUAUCCCUCUUUCAGCAAGUCGGACACCAAAGAAUCCUCCCGAUCAUUUCGCGGCCUGCGAUCAAAGAUUCCAGGAGCUCAGAAAUCGGACAGUCCAAGGAGCUCGUUUUCUCAAGCAGAUGCAACAAGUGGCAAUCUAGAGAGGGCCGACACAAGAGGAUCAAGCAAAUCUGGCGCCAGUGGAAAAUCUGGAAGCUCGAAGCCUGAACUAGAUCCAGUGCCUCCUACAGUCGAUGGCGACUCAGCAGCCCCAAGCCCACGACUGGAGACACCCCAGCCGCCGCCAUCGCCAACCCUUUCCGCGUCCGUUGGCAAAGGACAUAAAGCUAUCAGUAGGGCACAACAGCAAGGCGAGGUGGACCAUGUCUCGGACGGGCCGCCUACAGGCACCUUGCAUCCGUCGCAUAACCAGCAGCCUAAGGAGUCUAUACUAGUGAAGAAGAACGUCACCAAUCCCGUGUCAGGAAAGGCUCCAAAGGCCCCCGCAUCGCCAUAUCUCGGGGCUACAGACGAUGGAGCGAUCAUCUCCACCUCUCCGCGGAUGGGUAUCGGGGCUCUGAAGUCGAUUGAUCUAGAUGAAAUGAUUACCAGGUUGCUGGAUGCGGGCUACUCUACAAAGGUCACUAAAGCCGUAUGUCUCAAGAAUGCUGAGAUCACAGCAAUCUGUAACGCUGUGCGCGAAGUGUUUUUGUCACAGCCUGCCCUGGUUGAGCUUUCGGCCCCAGUCAAAAUCGUAGGCGAUGUGCAUGGGCAGUAUACCGAUCUGAUUAGGAUGUUCGAAAUGUGCGGGUUUCCCCCAAACGCCAACUUCUUGUUCCUUGGUGACUACGUGGACCGAGGGAAACAGAGUCUGGAAACGAUUCUCCUUCUUUUCUGCUACAAGUUGAAGUUCCCAGAGAACUUUUUCUUGCUCCGAGGCAACCAUGAGUGCGCCAACGUGACGAGAGUUUACGGUUUCUACGACGAGUGCAAGCGCAGGUGCAACAUCAAGGUCUGGAAGACCUUUGUUGAUACUUUCAAUUGUCUUCCAAUUGCCGCCAUUGUUGCAGGGAAGAUCUUCUGUGUUCAUGGAGGCCUUUCGCCGAGCUUGACGCACAUGGACGACAUUCGGCAAAUCGCCAGACCUACGGAUGUACCUGACUACGGCCUGCUCAACGACCUGCUUUGGAGUGAUCCUGCUGACAUGGAGUCUGAUUGGGAAGCUAACGAGAGAGGUGUGAGCUACUGUUUCGGGAAGAAAGUAAUUAUGGAAUUCUUGCAGCGGCAUGACUUCGAUCUUGUUUGCAGGGCGCACAUGGUGGUGGAGGAUGGCUAUGAAUUCUUCAAUGAUCGCAUCCUGGUCACUGUGUUCUCGGCGCCUAACUACUGCGGCGAGUUCGAUAAUUGGGGGGCGGUCAUGUCAGUGUCUAGCGAGCUGCUGUGCAGCUUCGAACUUCUGAAGCCGCUCGACUCAAGUGCUUUGAAGAGCCAUAUCAAAAAAGGUCGAAAUAAGAGGCAGAAUAUGCUGAACAGUCCGCCUGCCACGGUGUCCGCCCAAAGCUUUUGA